UCGCUACGGCGCAUGCGUGCAGUCUCCGCGCCUGCGCACUGCAGUAGGACGGGGGACCAGCCGGGCGGUGCGCAUGUGCAGAAAGCGGCCGCGGGAGCCGGCUGGCCAGCGGUGGCCGGGAGGUGUGGGCGCCGGAGCGGAGCGAGAUCACCUUAUUUCUCGUCUCCACAUCUCAGGAGGGACGUUCAUGUUUAGGAUCCUGACCACAGGAACUUCAAAAUGCCUAUUCUUGAACACCCAGCUUAUCCACCAGCUACUCUCCUUUGCUUGGAAAGUUUGGUGCCUUGUCGAGAAUCCCAAGUGUCCAUGUUGCUGUCUAUAUUUGGAGAGCGUCAGCAGUUGAGUUUUCCGUCCGUCUUUAUCUAUGGACAUACAUCUAGUGGAAAGACCUAUGUGAUGAAGACUCUUCUAAACACAUUACAGCUUCCUCAUGUGUUUGUGAACUGUGUGGAAUGCUUUACUUCAAGACUUCUUCUAGAAGAAAUUCUCAUCCAGCUGCAAAAUGGUUCUUCUGAAACAAAACGAGCUUCUCCCGUGCCUUGUGAUACCUUCAAUGACUUUGUGCGUCUGUUUAAACAAGCUCUCGUGAGUCAAAAUCUUCAAGAUCAAACAGUAUAUGUUGUACUGGAUCGAGCAGAACAGCUAAGGGAAAUGGAAGCAAACGUCCUGCCAGCAUUUCUUAGGCUUCAAGAAUUGACUGACAGAAAUGUGACAGUUAUCUUGCUUAGUGAAAUAGUAUGGGAAAUGUUUCGUCCAAAUGCUGGAUGCUUUGAGCCAUUCAUCUUGUAUUUUCCUGAUUACAGCAUAGGACACCUGCAGAAGAUCUUGUCCCAGAAUCAUCCUCCAGAAUAUUCUGCGGAUUUCUAUUCUGCAUAUAUAAAUAUUCUGCUUGGCGUCUUCUACAUGGUCUGUAGGGACCUCAAAGAACUUCAGCAUCUGGCAGCACUCAAUUUUUCUAAAUACUGCGAACCAGUGGUCAGAAAAGAAGCAAAAGAACGCGACACUCGUAAACUCUGGAAAAAUAUUGAACCUCAUUUGAAGAAGGCAAUGCAGACAGUUUACCUCCGGGAAGUAUCCAGCUCACAGUGGGAGCGAUUACAGUGUGAAGAAGAAGAACCUGGGCAGAUUAAAGGACUUUCUGCACACACACAUGUGGAACUUCCUUACUACUCCAAAUUUCUUCUAAUCGCUGCUUAUCUUGCCUCCUACAAUCCUGUUAGGACAGAUAAGAGAUUCUUUCUUAAGCAUCAUGGGAAAAUUAAGAAGACCAACUUCAUGAAGAAACAUGAAAAGACCAGCAAUCACCUCCUUGGACCAAAGCCGUUUCCUCUGGACAGAUUAUUAGCAAUAUUGUAUAGCAUUGUGGACAACAGAGUUGCUCCAACUGCAAAUAUAUUUUCCCAGAUCACCUCCCUUGUGACUCUCCAGUUGUUGUCCGUGGUUGGCAACAAUGACCAGCUUGAUGGACCCCGAUACAAAUGUACCGUAUCUCUGGACUUCAUCAGAGCUAUUGCCCGGACUGUGAACUUCGACAUAAUAAAGUACUUGUACGAUUUCUUGUGAAAACAAGCUUCACAGCCAUAUGGACACUGUGACAAUGACUAAGGCAAGCUGUGUUCAUCUCUCUACUUAGCUGGCCAGAAUGAGGAGUAUUUUGGCUCUCUUGGAUUUGUCCAAACAGGUGCUGGCCCAGCAUGGAUUCUGAUGAAAAUAUUCUGAUUGGUCUGGGUAGAUCUGAGCAGAGGACUAUUUACCGGGGACCCUGGAGUAUUUGGAAGCAAUGUGUUAAUUAUAAACAGCAGGGUUUGAGCACAAUCUGUUCUACUCUUAAUGAUGUUAUCUUAACACUGAAAUUGCCUGAAACCCAUUUACUUAGGACUGCAUUUUGCUCUAUGAACUCUCCCCAGUGCUUUGAACAUGGCAGCAGCCCUUGUUUGUAUGCCCAGUCUUUUCACUUCCUCUCCACAGGAAUCUUUCCAAUUGCCUGCCAAAGUAGCUUUUCCUGAGGCUACCAUUUUAGGAGAGUGGAGCAGUGAAAUACAAUAAAUAUAAGCAAAAUAUUUAAAAUCAAGCUGGUAUAAAUGCUUUCUCUUCAGUCAUUCGUAGGCAGAGUGUUACACUGUUAUACGGAGAUCACAGUGAUUGGGAACUCCCAAUUAAUCAUCAUACUGUCCUUUUUCAGACCACUCAUAAAUGUUGACUAUGAAUCUAUUUUUAUGAUACUUGCUCUUAAAAACUCAUUGAUUCAUGAAAUUCUAACGUGAUGUUGAACUUAAAAGGUUUUUUUUUCUUCAACAUUUUACAUUCCCUUUAAGCUCCAAUUCUGUGGAGUGCUAAUUAUAAUACUGUUUUAAAGAAUAUAAUUUAAGAUGCACGCUGUGGUGGUUUUUGUAACACUGUCUGUUCUAUAGAGAAGUGUGGCACAGCUGCCGUUCCAUUGGAAAGGGAGAGGUUCAGCAGUUGACAGAGUAUUUCUGUAGUGGUUGCCCAAGCAAGGUGUAAUAACGAAUAAUCAAUGUAAUUCUGUAACAGCAUAAAGCUUUGAUUUUGGAAACAUAUAGUGAAACUAUAUUUGUCUCCAAUUUACAAGCAGAGGAGUCCCAGCUGCUGUUACCUCUGUAGAGUAUUAAAAUCCACUGGCCCUCUUAAGGAUUAUUGUCUUCAUAAAUCUAAAGGUUUUUUCACCAUCUCAAAGACUCAGGGCCCCACAGCCUGUUAUUUGGGUAUUUUGUUCCUUAAUGCUUGCCUUUGACUCUUUAAUAGUUUAAGACCAGCUACGUCGUGUGUUGACCACUAUGGAUUUCUAAAAAGAAAACUCCAUGUUUGUCUUGAUAUUGGAGAUGGUCAGAUACCCUGAACAUGUGUAGCUCUUUCUAUUUAUUUUUUUUUUCCAAUUGUGAAUGUACAGCCAGGCUUCUGCUUCUGGAUUUGGACUCAGAUGAAGGAGUUCCAGGUGAAUCUAAGCAACAGAAGCAUCCUUCUGGCCAAGCUGUCAUUUCCCUCCUCAGGAGAAUGUGAAAGGGCAGCAAUGAGUCAUCCCUGUGAUCCGUUUUCCUUCCGACUGCUGAGCUACUUCAAACCCUGCACCUGUCCAUGAGGUGGCAACAUUUGUCACACUUGCUGAAAUAAAUGGAUGCAAAUACAUGACCUGUUUCAAAAUGUUUAUUGCCUACUUUUAUUUUUACUAAUAAAAAUGUAUGCAAGUUGUUCUUGGGACUAAACUUUACAGCUCCUUCUUUUUUUGGAGCUUGUGAUGGUCUCAGCUCAGCUCUUGUGCUUGUGCUUGGCCUGACUACCAAGGGCUGAAAACUGACGAAGGAAGUUUGAGCUGUUACAUCUACACUAGCCCACACAGAGAAACAGCCAUGCAUCAUAGCUUUUCCAGAUAUCUGAUGUGGAUUACACUUGGAUAUGUGAAACAUAAUGUGAUUGAUACUAAUUUAUGAAGUCCUACAACACUCAAGUCACAACAUUUUGAAAAUUCUGCAGCUGACCUUUUUUCACAGCUUUCAACAAAGGGAGAUGGGGCUGUACUGCUGGAGAAGGACAGUGCCAGCUUAUGAAGGUCCUGCUCAGUGGUCGCCAGCACGGCUGAAAACCAGAGCACCUACCAAGUCAGUCUUGUAAGAAGCACUUCUUUGGAAAGUUUUACUACCAACAGCAAGUUCUGAAUAGUAUAACACUUCAAAUUACCCUGCAUAAAAAUAUCAGAAAUAAUCAAAUAGUUCUAGAGAAUGUAUGCAAACAGAAUACAAGGAGAACAUGGAAUGCAUCCUGUGUGAGUAUAAGGAUGCAUAAAAAAACUUUGUCAUCUCGGAGUCGUGCAAUGUUUAUAUCUAAUAUCCCACCAGAAGGAUUUUUACCACUUGGACUAAUGCCUGAUCAUUUCAGGAAUGUUUUUAAUGUUGAUGAUGUACAUUGAUAGAAGACGCAAAAGUCAAAGGCUUCAAACAAAAAAGAAAAAACAA